ACUGGAGCAGAGAAGACGCAAUCUCAACUCAGCUACGGGGCACAAAGAGUGGUCGAAGCUAUUGGUCUAGCAGCUGAGACGGAGCAUCAGUGGCCGGUUGAAGAGAGAAGAGUGGCUAUGGCAGGCUUCGAAAUCCCUCCACCUCCAUAUGAGGGUGAUAGCAACUAG